UUUCGGGGGAGCGGAUCAGACGGCGGGGAGCGAAUCCGGGGUCCAGUUCCAGUCCUACUCCUGCCCCCCUCACCACCACCCUCUGCUUCUCGCUCUCUCUCGAAAGAGAGAAAAAACAAGGGAAGGAAAUCUACUCCUCGGCCUGUCGCUACCAUCCAAAAGGCGGCGGCAGAUUGCUCUGCCGCUCCGUGUCGUCGUCUCCGCGGGAUCUUGCUGCUCCGCCGCCGCCUACAGGGAUCCGUCGCUCCACCUGCUCCAGACAUUUCACCCGUCAGCAGGCGGCAGCCACGGAGAAGAAGAGGAGCAAGGAGUUGUUCUUCAGGUCAUCUCGGCAGCCGUAAGCAGACGCCACUGUUGCUGCGGCGCAAGAAGCAGUGUUCUGCUUGGGAAAUUCGCGGAGAGACAGAGCAAUAGCUGAUGUGCGCUUGGUAACUAGUAGUGAGGAUCGAUUGAGCAGCUGCAAGGUUUGGAAAAUGCUGGCAUGCAUCGCGUGCUCGACCAAGGACGGCGGGGAGGACGGCUCCCGUGCCGCCGCCGCCGCCACGCCCCACGGCGGCAAGUCUCUCACCUCUCAGCUGAAGGACAUGAUGCUCAAAUUUUCCGGCUCCGGCAGUCAGUACAAGGCCGCCGGGAGCCCGUCGUUCAGGAGCAACCGCUUCCACCGCUCCAGCCGCCUCGCCGCGUACCCGGGCAUCAUCGAUGACUCGGGCUUCACGUCGGACGGGGCCGCCGAGGCAUACACUAAAUACAUGAGGACGACGACGAGCGCAGUGGCCGCAAGAACCGCCCCGUCGACGUGGGACCUGGGUCAAAUGGCCAAGAUCAACGGUGGCGCGCAGCAGCACGUCAGGAGCCCUAGCGCGAGCUGGAUACACAGCAUCGGGGAGGAAGACGACGACGACGACGAGGUCGUCGUCCUGGAGGAGGAUCGCGUGCCGCGGGAGUGGACGGCGCAGGUGGAGCCCGGCGUGCAGAUCACCUUCGUCUCCAUCCCGGGCGGCGCCGGUAACGACCUCAAGCGCAUCCGCUUCAACCGUGAGAUGUUCAACAAGUGGGAGGCGCAGCGGUGGUGGGGGGAGAACUACGACCGCGUCGUGGAGCUGUACAACGUGCAGACGUUCAGCCGGCAGCAGGGCUUCUCGACCCCGUCGUCCUCCGUCGACGACGCCACGCAGAGAGAUUCGCUCUACUCCCUUGCCGACUCGACGAGGGAGAGCCCGGUGAUACUGCCGCCGACAGCGGUUGGCAGAGAGCAACCGAUCGCCCGUGCCACUUCGUGUAGGGCCAUGGCCGCGGCGGCGUCCACGGGCCGAGCGACGUGCAACCCGUCCACGGCCGUGCCGGACCCUUCGGACCACGUGUGGGCGCACCACUUCAACCUGCUCAACUCCGCGCCCGCCCCGGCCCCGCCACCCUUCGACGCGUCGCGCGCCACCGCGUCGUCCCGGGACGAGGCCUCCGUGUCCGUCAGCAACGCGAGCGACCUGGAGGCCACGGAGUGGGUGGAGCAGGACGAGCCCGGCGUGUGCAUCACCAUCCGCGAGUUCGGGGACGGCACCCGCGAGCUCCGCCGCGUCCGGUUCAGGCACGCCAAAUCUAUCGAUACUCGACACCUUAUCUGAUUAUUGAACAAGAAUCAUCAAUUCAUCAUCUAAUUACGCCGAGGUACUUGUGCUCAUGUGAAGUGAAUUUGCAUUCUUGCGUUGCUGCAGCCGGGAGAAGUUCGGCGAGGACAGGGCGAAGGUGUGGUGGGAGCAGAACAGAGACCGAAUACACGCGCAGUAUCUGUAGCGUUGGUGAAGAGUGACAGAAGCCAAUAUGCCAGUGAGAUAAGAUUAGAGUAGGGGUCGGGUUGAGUGGUGCUACUACGAGUGCGAGUGCUCGGUUAGUGAUAGUUUUUACAGGGUGAACAGAGAGGUGGAAGAGGUUUGGAGCAGCAGGCUCAGGGUUCAGCCUGCUCUUGUAAACAAUGUUACUACUGAUAAUUUGUAUUUGGUUUGUGUAAACAAUGUGACCUGUGUGCUUUUA